AUGGAAACGUCCUCCGUCCUUCUUCUGAGCAUCUUGCUGACAUGUUCAGUUUGGGCAGUCAACGCUAGAAGGUUGGAGAUCAGCAUCGAUGAUGAGCAGCAGGUGGACAUGUCUGCGGAGGCACGCCGGCCUCCAGGGAUGUGCUGGGGAUGUAAGUGGGCUUUAGGUAAAGUGAGGAAAAUGGUUGGACCAAAUGCCACUGCAGAGCGCGUGAAAGCAAAGCUCAAUACUGUGUGCGAUGAAAUUGGGCUCCUAAAAUCUGCAUGCCGCAAAUUUGUGAAGUCUCACCUGGGAGAGCUGAUCGUGGAGCUCACAACCACUGAUGACGUGAGAACGAUCUGUGUCCACACUGGAGCAUGCAAGCCGAAGGAGCUUUUUGACCUGCACAGCUAUUCAAAAGAUGAAGAACCCCUCAUUGAGAUUCAUGACUUCCCAUGA